AAUGCUCACGGCCCUGCUAGCCCCGACAGCGCGGUGAAGCUGAAGCUGCAGCCGUCGCCGUGCCGCAGCCUGCACCGGACGCUGCUGUGGGGAGAGAAGGCGGGCACCAGCCUGGGGCUGAGCAUCGCCGGCUCCCGCUACCCCGGCUACGAGAGCCAGGGCCGGGAGCACGUCCCGCUGGAGCGCAUCCGCCGCGGCCCCGACGGCCGCUUCGUGCUGGACAGCGACCCCCAGCCGGAGCCGGACCCUCCGCGGGAC